CCUAGGUCUGCCUUCAUCUUCUGGCUCUAAAGCAUGGCGCUUGUAAUUUCCGAGCGGGCUACCAAGAAAACAUCCCUGUAGAUUGAACUGAAUACUUACGGCCCGAGCCUUAAAGUGGGCAAUGCCCAUUCCUCACAAUCUGGGCAUUCUUGUUCGUGGCAUGUGGGCUAAUCUUAUAUGUGACUGGCUUUGUGGCUUGUGGUCAUGCUACGUCAUGUAUCGAAUAUAUGUGAAAGGUUUUCAAUGCUUUGGAGACACUGACAGUCGACAGCCGCAAGUACCUUUAUGUCGGCGUUAUACUUUAUGACGAAACUAUGAAGCUUAUCAUGGAAGCUUUUCCUGAAU